CGAGGCGAGUAAUAGAGCCACGGUAGGAAGCCUUUAGGGCAGGACACUGCACUGCCACGGCCAGGGGCACCAUUGGAGGUCUGGGGUGCUACUAGGUCCUGUUUUAUGUAGGAGGGACAGGGCAGUGCAUUUGGUGCAGGACAGGGAAGAGGCAGUAACCAUGAGACAGACAUUGGUAGAGUGAUGUCCAGGCCGUGAGAUGUGAACUGGCGGCGUGAGUGCUCUGGCAUUGAGGAUAUAAGGAUGAAGUGUGAGCCCGCCCCAUUGGCUCUGUCUGAGAGGCAUAACGUGGGAGACUGUAGGACUGCCUGGCCAGAGGGAGUAUGUCCCUGCAGGCCGUGCCCAGAGCUUCGGUGCUGCCUGCCUGCCUGACUGCUGUUGCUGUGGUUGGACACGGGGAUGAAAGGGCCUAGGAGGAGAGUUCUUAUCAGUGGUGUCAGGCCGCAAUCUCUCCUCUGAUAUGGGGAAAUGAGAAGGAGGGGCUCUGUGACCUUUGAGGACGUGGCCAUUUACUUCUCCCAGGAGGAGUGGGGGCUCCUUGAUGAGGCACAGCGGUUCCUAUACCAUGACGUGAUGCUGGAGAUCUUUGCACUUACAGCGUCCCUCGAUUGUUGGUGUGGAGCAAAGGAUGAGGUACCUUCUGAGCAGAGUGUUCCUGUAGAAGAUGCCAGGACUUCCAUGGCAGGUCCAUUGACUGAGAAGACCCAUCCUUGUGAGAAGUGUGUCCCAGUCUUGAAAGACGUUUUACACCUGACUGAGCUCCAAGCAACAUAUCCUGGACAGAAACCAUACCUGGGUGGGACAUCUAGAGGCUUAUGGUACAGUGAAAACCUUCGCCAGUACGAAAAGUAUGACAGUGGAGAGAAAAUCUUCAAAGAAGACAUGGACAGGGCCUCACUUGUGACAAGCUGCAGAUUCCAUGUGUUGGGGAAGCCCUUCACUUGUGGGGAGGGUGCAAAGGACUUUUCAGCUCUAUCAGGCCUUCUGCAGCACCAGGCCACUCCCAAUGGUGAGAAGGCACAUGGCAGCAUCAAGCAUAGGGAGUCCUUUAACAGUGGGAAAAGUUGUAACAAGUGGGUUGAAUGCAGGAAAGUAUUUAGCAACCCUCACACACUUCACCACCCGAGAGUCUGCACUGGAGAUGGUCUUGAUGAAUGUAGCAUCUGUGAAAAAGCCUUCCGCUGCAAAUACAAACUUAAUCAGCACCAGGAAGUUCACACUGGAGCAAGGCCAUAUGAGUGUGGUGAAUGUGGGAAAUUCUUUAGCUACAAAAAAACCCUCACUGAACACAGAAGAGUUCACACUGGAGAAAGGCCUUAUGAGUGUGGUGAAUGUGGGAAAUUCUUUAGCUGGAAAAGCAAACUCAUUCGACACAGGACAGUUCACACUGGAGAAAGGCCUUAUGAGUGUGGUGAAUGUGGGAAAUUCUUUAGCCGCAAAUCCUGCCUCACUCUACACAGGAGAGUUCACAGUGGAGAAAGGCCUUAUGAAUGUGGUGAAUGUGGGAAAUCGUUUAGCUACAAAGCCUCCCUCAUUCGACACAGGACAGUUCACACUGGAGAAAGGCCUUAUCAAUGCAAUGAAUGUGGUAAAUCCUUUAGCCGGAGUUCUGCCCUCCUUCAACACAGGAGAGCUCACUUGCAGUAAAUGUGGGAAAUCCUUGAGCUGCAAUUCUGACCUGUCAACACCAAAAAUGCACACUGGGAAAGGCCUUAGAUACUCAAAGAGAAUUUGUUCUUACCGUAUUAAGUGUAACUGUUGCGGAAAAACCUCUGUGAGAAGCCAUCUGUGUGGGAUUCACAUAUAAAGUAUAAAAGUCAUUUGAAUACUUAUAUCUGACUUGAUUUUUUUAUAGUUCAUGAUUCAUGGUCAAAACAGAAACAGUUUCUGUGAUAUGAGUGCCCGUGCAUUGUUCCCUAUGUAAGAACUUGUUCGCUAUGCUUCAGAAGAUUGGAGACUGUUGAGAGUUGGAUUUGAUGAUUGUGCAUUGAGUUCACUAUACAGAAUUUUAUCAUUGUUAACAACCAUUUGAUCAAUAAAUAUGAGAGGUGCCCUCUCAGCACCACUCUUGUGCUGUUA